AGGAAGCUGGCUGGCGCGGGUUGCUGCAGAAUGCUACCGAGUUAGCUCGGCUCGGGUGAGGAGGGCUCCGAAACAGGCCUUCGCUUGCCCAGAAGUGCUAGCAACAUGGAUAGUCCUUCAAUUCCUUGGCUGCAGCGAUUUGAUAAGUCUUCCCGCCUCCUCCUCUGCACAUUGAUGACUGGGCCUGAGGCUGCCCUGGCUGCCUUCCGAACCCUUCAACGGUCCCAGUCUAAGGAAGAUCCAAGGCAGGGCUUUGAUUGGCAGGACUUCACAGAGAAGCUGUGUGCUCCAGAGCCUGUGCUCCAAGGACCUGAGCAGACCCUCUUCUUAAAACCAUUAUUGCUGCUUCUUCCAGUAUUGUGCCAAAGAAAUCUCUUUUCCCUGCUGCUUAUGGUAAAGUCUGUAGUGCCAAAACACUUACUUGUCCGUCUGCUUGAGACCUCCAAGCAGGAACCUAGCUCAGACCUGUGGGUACAGCGAUUGAAGGAUUUACUACAGGUAGAGCUGCAGGAGAAGAGCUCUUUGACUCCAGUCCUACUAACAGAUGCUUGCCAGAAGCAACUGAAAGAUCUAUGUCAGAAGGUUAUGGCCCCCAGUAGCAACAAUCCUGGUUUAGAAAGAAAAUUAAGCUGGUAUAUUAAACAGACAGAUCCCUGCUUAGGAAUGGAUGAAAUUGCCCCUGCCUCUACAUCUCAGAUUAAGAAAAGCAAGAAAGUAAGCGAGGACCCCAUAAGCCCUGAAGAGGAGAGGCAGAGAAAAAGGGCCCGACUGGAAGUAGAUGAAUCGGAUUCAGAACUUUUCAAACCACAUGUUGUGCAGCAGAGAUCUGGUGCAAUUAGAACAGGAAAUGAGCUUAUGAUGAAGACUUCUGGAAAUGAAGAUGUUCACAGUGAAACCAACAACAUAUAUCAAAAUUCUCAAAAGGAGGAAAGAGUAGAAAUGAGAGGGACUACUCAGGGUUCACAAAUGGACACUACAGCAGAGGUCCCUGAUCACGUCAAGAAACAUGUCCCAAAACUUAAGGAACUUUUGGCGAUGCAGUGUGAUCAUUCUGAUGGGACUGCCCCUCCUGAGCUACAGGUCUUGAAUGAAUGUACCCCAGGGCAGCUAGAAGGUCUCUGCUCAUUACUUCAGCUCUCAGAAUGCCCAGAGAAUGAGCUUCUGCAGUUCUGUACUUGGCUGGUGGCGCUGUCACCCGAUCUUAGCUAUAGUUAUGCAACGAUACUGGUUGGAAAGCUUUUUCUACCUCGGGUUCUUGCACUGUCUGAGCCGGCCUCGUGGCCACUCACAAUGGCCCUGAUGAUGUUCUGUUCGAAAUAUGCUCGCCCAGUCUGUUGCACCUUAAUUCCUUCAAUUGUUCAGGCUCCAGGGAAAGGCCUUGAGCAAAUGAAACUAGUGUGUAAGAUAAUAGAGGAGUGCUUAGAGCCUGAAUAUGUGAGACUAGUAUUCAGCCAAACUGUAGAGAUGUCAUGGUCAGAAGAGCUCCUCGCAGUUGUGCAUUCAUUGCUAGAAAGACAGGUCGAGUUGUCUGCUGAGCUCUUCAACUUGUUAGUUUCAAAUGUUUGCCAAAUGGCUCAAGAGUUUUCCAGAUCAAUGCAUUAUGCGAAGCUGGUUCUCACUCUGCUGACCAAAUACCAAAGCAGUAUUACAUCGGCACACCAGUAUCGCUUAUCUGGUGUUCUGGACCUCAAUGAAACCAUCUUAAAGAAAUCUCUUCAAAUUGCACUAAAACGAGUGACUUCCAGAUGAAAACCAGACUUGAAUGAUUUUUCUGUGUGAGAAAAAGAAGAAAGAAGACAGCAAUCUUCUUCAAUGUUGGUAACCAUGACACAGAAACAACUAAAGAAACUUUCGGUGGCUGAAAAAUCAACAGCGACCAAUAUUCUUUGGGCCUAGCCUCUUGCCACAUGGACCCGUGUGCCCUAAUAAAAGUGCUGC